AUACCUUCAUCUUCGCUUUUGCAAACUUCAACAGGAUAUCGAUUGUUUUACUGCAGACUGUUUUACUGCACGAUAUCUGUUAUCUUUUGUUAUGACCUCCGCGCCGGUUGCACCAGUUGAUGUUCCUCCAUAUCAACUACAACCUCUGAUCGCCUCGGUGCUGGAUAGGGUGGCUCGACCAUCCGCUCCGUCUUCAACGAUAUGCUGUGCACAAGCACUAGGUGCCGAGAUCUAUGUUGGAUGCUCCGACGGAGAAUUGCUGCGAUUCGCCCUGCAACCUGGGAGCAACGUCACGCCAGACUCGUAUAGCCUCCAGUCGCGGCAGAGCGUCGUAGUCGGGAAGCCAAUCAAAGAGAUCAUCUUGGUUCCAAGCAUUUCACGUGCACUGCUCCUCGCUGAUGGUCAAGUCUAUAUAUACACCCUCCCGUCCCUUGACAUGGUUCCUUCAAGCGUAAUUAGGCCAAUACGGGGUGUGGUGACCAUCGCGGCAGAUGAAGAGCACCUACGACGUCCGGCUGCAAGCGCGUCAUCUCAGGGUGUUCAGCCUGUCGAUUUCUGCGUGAUCAAGAAGAGUUCUAUCGAGAUGUACAGCUUGCAGGAGAGACUGAAGUACCACUCUCCCAUGCCGUUGCCUUCGGGUGUCGUUGUCGCAAAACGUACAGGACAAUACGUCUGUAUUGCAGACGAGCGAAACUACAGCCUUAUCAACUUGAAUUCGGGACAAAUGUUCGAGGUGCUUCCAUUGAACCAAGCAGGAGACGACUUCAGAGUCAAGCCGUCAGUCACCGUGAUCAACGAGUGUGAAUUUUUGAUGCUCUCGUGGACCGGGAACAAUACGCUGGGAGUUUUUAUCACAGGCGAGGGAGACCCCGUUCGUGGAACAUUGGAGUGGCCACUGUAUCCGGACGCAUUGUUCGACGAAGGAUUGUCAGUGAACGGCAGUGACUAUCGUGACACGAAUCAGUCAGCAAUGGAAUUCAUCGUCGCACCACAGCGCAGCGCAGCGGAGGAAGCAUGCGACUGUUCACGUAACGAUGAGGCCCACAUGACAUACGGCAUACAGCAGCGCGUCUUCUGCCUCGACUAUCCAUACACGACCGCACUGUUACCCAGCGACACGAUCGAGAUCCACAACAUCGAGACGCUGACGAUCGUUCAGGUCGUCCCUGCGCCUCCAGCCUCCCCGAUACCGACGCCAGGCGCCCAGGAAGCAGCGGACAGAAACAUCCUGGUAGCAUGCAUGCGUGGAUUCCUCGUCCCAUCAACUCAGCGUUUGGACAAGCUGCGCCGCACGCCGGUGCGGCUUGUGCGGAAGCGAGAGCCUGACGCUGAGGGCAGUGCGCGCGCGGAGCCGGAGCGGGAGGCAGGGGAAGGGGAGGCGCUUAUGAUCUAAUCUAAUCUGGUUCUUAGACGUGUAAUCAGCAGUGUUACGUACAAUUGAGCUCUUCGCCC